CAACAGCAACAGCCCGUUGAAAAGCCACCGCUCCACGAAGGAGAUCGAUAACUAAUCAAACCAUGACGUUACCUUUUCUACCUGGGAAUUCUCCCAAUAAACAACUGGGGAAGGAGAGGUUCCACAAAUCCCAACAUUUUGAAUAUUACAAUCAAUUCCCAAUGCUGGCGGGAUCUGAGAAACCGGGCAUCGGAGGAGAGCCGCUCGUGGGCCAGACCAUCAAACCAAAGUACUCUGUCUACCCCAAAGGACAGGGCAGUGAAUUACCAUCAUGGAUAGCCUUUGACAAACAGGCUCUGUGUUUUGAAGCAUUCUUCCAGGAAGCUGUGCCUGAGGCACAAGACGAGACGUACAGGAUCCGGAGGUGUAAGAUCUACUUCUACCUGGAAGAUGAUACCAUCCAGGUGGUGGAGCCAGAGUACAAGAACAGCGGCAUCCCUCAAGGAACACUCAUUCGUCGCCAACGUGUCUCACUGCCUGCCCCAAAUGAUGACCAGUUCUACCACGUUUAUCAUUUCAACAUCAACCAACAGAUGGUGCUGUACUCACGCACGUUCACUGUGACCAACUGUGAUUCUUUUACACAAAACUUUCUCUCCAAGCUUGGGGUGCGCCUCAAUAACCCUGCCAGUGUACCCGAUGACCCCUACAGCAAACACCGGGAAGAGAUUGAGAAAAGCAUGAAGCCACUUCGUCCAUACGAGAGGUGCGACACACUGAAGCAGUUCCUGGACCACGACCGCGAUGUCCUGCGCUUCAACUGCCUCUGGGACGACACGGAGAAUGUGUUCGGAGACCAGCGGGAGCUCCUGCUGCACUACUACCUGGCUGACGACACCAUCGAGAUCCUGGAGGUCAUUUCCCCAAACUCUGGGAGGGAUACUGUGCCCAAGUUCCUACGCCGCGGCAAACUACCCAAGCAUUCAGCCCAAAUGAAGCUGCCCGGACAGAUCACGGACCGCACAGUGCUCAAUGUGUUCGCCCCCACGAGUCAGAAGAAGCGCUACAUGCUGGACAGCCUCAAAACAGGAGCUGUCCAUGAUGAGUUUUAUAAGGACUGCGAUCUGACUCUGGGCUCUGAGGUGAAUGUAUGGGGCAGGAGAGUGAUCGUCACUGACUGUGACAACUUCACCAAAGACUACUACCGCUCCAAAUACAGCAUAGAGGACUUCCCCCCAGUGGUGUACAAAGCUCCCCCAGCCCCUAAGCCCCCGAGGGUCAUGCCCCCCUACACUGGCUUUGGCUCAGAGGAGGACUCACUAUGCUCCUGCCAGGGCCUGCUGCCCAAGCCCCCACAGAAAGAUUUCCACAAGUUUAUGGAGAACGACAGCGUGCUGAAUUUGCGUGCCAAGAUGGUCACCACCGAUCCAGUUGACAGAGACAGAGUGUUCAUCAUCUACUUCUAUCUCUGCGAUGACUCCAUCUGUGUGUUUGAACAGCCACAGAAGAACUCAGGUGUGCUCGGUGGAAAGUUCCUGAAGCGUGGCCGUGUAAAAAAGCCCGGCCAGGAGCUGUUUAAGAUAGAGCUGUCCGAGUACUAUAAAGCUCAGGAUCUGUACGUUGGCGCUACCCUGUGCCUCGGCGGUAACCACUUCCAGGUUCUGGAUGCGGAUGAAUGCACCUUCAACUACAUGGAGCAGCAUGCUGAGGAGUUCCCCAAAGCCAACGUGGGAAACAUCCUCAGCAAACUACGAUCUAUUCCGGAGGAGAAACAGAGUGAGAUCAGGAGGUUUCUGACUCUUAGUGACCCCAGCAACACCGGCUUCAUUUCCUAUGAGUCGUUCAGGGGCCUGCUAACCGGUCUAGGCUGCGGACUGUCGGAGCACGAGGUGCUGGUGCUGGGCCGAAACUUCUCGGAGCGCAAGCAGCCUGAGGCGGACGUGGGCCUGAUGCUGGCUGUGGCCCAGGACUUCCUCAAGAAGAAGCACUUUGUAGAGUUCCCUGACAUGGACAGAGCCUUCACAUACCGCGACCAACACAAGAGCGGCCGUCUCUCCACCAAAGAGACGAGGACCAUCUGUAAGGCCUUCCACCUUCCCCUGCCCGAGAAGCUGCUGGGGGGUCUGCUCAGCAAGUUUGCAGAGGGGGACGAGAUUGACUACCAUGCCUUCCUGGCUGGCAUUAAUUGGGUAGAGCACCUCGCUCCCCCGGUCAUGCCCGAAGACGCGUUAAAGUUGGAUGUGAACGCGAGGUCUGGCGCCGGUGAGGCUGCAGGGAGAAACGUCAACUACUCUUCCCUUCUGAGGGAUGUAUUCAGCUUUCCCUCCAACAGCGCUGACCCAACAAUCUCCACCACAACCUAGGCACAAGCUGGGAGGUGAAACGAUUCUGC